AUGCUUACCGCUGUUGCUGAGCCCUCUAUAUCCCUUAAUGAAGCAGAGAUUUAUCGAUUUAAGGUAAUUGAGUGGGAGUUAAGCGAGGUGACGGAGGCAGGCGCGGUGAGGGACGAGUUUGUCCUGAGCUUUCCCCCUAUCCCUAACAACCACAACACCACCCACAACAUCACCCUUAUCACCACCUACGACCUUUUCUCUUCGAGCACCAUGGCGCAAUCUUCUCGCUCUUCUCGCGUCCCCUUCGGCCGUGGCGGCUACGACGUCACAAACCUGUCAGUCCCAGGUCCCGCGCCCAUCAACGCUGGCCACGACCCAGUGAACAAGCCCUCUCCGCCGAAAGGUACCCAGCCGCCACCUCCAAAGCAGGAGGAGAAGCAACAAGAUCCGUCGCAAGGAGGCAAGUCCUCUUCCAACGAGGGCGCCGAGUCCAUGCCGGACAGCCCAAGCACUCUCAAGGGCGACUAG